GCAAAAGCUAAGGCUCAUCGACGGCUUCUAGAUACUCGGUAUACUCGUAACGAAUUAACGUCGCAACGCCGCACAACAAUCCUUCACAAUGGCCAAGCUCUCACGUGGUGCCCCCGGUGGCAAGCUCAAGAUGACCCUCGGUCUCCCUGUCGGUGCCGUCAUGAACUGCGCUGACAACUCCGGUGCCCGUAACCUCUACAUCAUCGCCGUCAAGGGUAUCGGUGCCCGCCUGAACCGUCUGCCCGCUGGUGGUGUCGGUGACAUGGUUGUCGCUACCGUCAAGAAGGGAAAGCCUGAGCUGCGAAAGAAGGUCCACCCCGCCGUCAUUGUCCGCCAAUCCAAGCCCUGGAAGCGCUUCGACGGUGUCUUCCUCUACUUCGAGGACAACGCCGGUGUCAUCGUCAACCCCAAGGGUGAGAUGAAGGGCUCUGCCAUUACCGGCCCCGUCGGUAAGGAGGCUGCUGAGCUGUGGCCCCGUGUUGCUUCCAACUCUGGUGUCGUCAUGUAAAGUGGUUAUCUUGUGGAUGAAAAGUCGGAAUGGGAAAAAUUUUUGAGCAUAGCACGUGUUCCCAAAACGCACGAUCAAAGCAAAGUUAGAGAACGCAGGAAGAACCUCGUUCCUAUUUUAUUAGACUCUUUUCGGGGAAUACGGCGCCAUAUUACGAUGUUGGUGGCUGGAUGGGCCAGCACUGCAUUUCGGUUGCGGCGUGUUAGGAUGAUUCAUACCAGGUUAUCGCAUCAAUGAUGAACAC